AUGAAAGCUGGCCAGUGGGAUCCCAAGCAGCAAAAGGUCGUCGUCAAUGACGUGCCGAAACCCACCGAAGCACCAAAUCAGUUCCUAGUCAAGAUACAGUCAGCAUCAUUAUGUCAUUCAGACUUGCUCAUGGCCAUGAGACCCGACUACAACGUUACCUUAGGCCAUGAAGGAGUCGGCUACAUUGAGUCCAUUGGAGCGGAAGCCAGCAGCAAAGGCUUCGAAGUCGGUGAUGCUAUCGGAUUUAACUACUUCAUCGGGGCAUGUUUCGAAUGCGAAGGUUGCAUGAUCCACAACAUGCGAUGCGAGACGGGUAACCAGAAACUACAAGGUUUCGUGUCGGAUGGGUACUUCGCCGAGUACGCGGUCGUUGAUUGGCAGAAUGCAGUCAAGCUACCCGAAAACCUCGAUAUGAGUAAGACUGCACCGCUGUUCUGUGCGGGUAUCACAGCAUUUCAUUCAGUGGACAGCUGUGAGUUGAAGGCGGGCGAUUGGCUGGCGGUUAUCGGGUGCGGCGGUCUUGGACAGUAUGCGAUACAAUAUGCAAAAGCCAUGGGUAUCAAGACCAUCGGUCUCGAUAUCAACGACAACCAAUUGGAUGUUGCGAAAAAGGUCGGCGCGGAAGCUGUCUUCAACUCCAUGAAGAACAAGGAUUAUCUCGAAGAGAUCAAGAAGCUCACUGGAGGCAAAGGAUGCCACGCAGCGGCGGUCUACAGCGCAUCGAAUGCAGCAUACGCCGGCGCCCCAGAUGUCUUGAGAACAGGCGGACUACUCAUGGUCAUUGGAAUCGCACCGAAAGGACUGGACUUCAUCAACACCUUCGACUUAACAACAGGACGGUACCGCAUCAAGGCCGACAGCACGGGUAUUCCGCAGCGAAUGAAGAAGGCUGUGGAUUUCACUGGCAAGCACAGCAUACAACCAGAAGUCGAGUUCCGCAAGAUUGAUGAUUUGCCGCAGAUGGUCGCUGAUAUGGAGGCUGGUAAAGCGGAGAAGAGACAGGUUGUUGUAUUCUAG